UUCCGACAGAUUGCGUUUUCUUUCCUGGAAAAGCAACAGUUUCUCAGAAAGUCAGCACAAGCCCGUGCAGUUUCAGUUUCAGUUUUCUAGUCCCACAGCUAAGUGCAGGCAACAUCCGGUCUGACUGAGGUUUAAGAAUAGAGCUUUCAGGAGGAAUCAGGCGCAGCAGCAAGCCUAAGAGCGCUGAGUCCAGGGAGCAGAGAAUCGGUGCAGGCUGGUUACCAUGGCAUCUGGUCCCAACAUGGAGGCUCCUGUCUGCCUAGUGGAAAAUGAGAAUGAAGAACUGAGGGUGAACCCCAGAGCAGUAAAUAUUCUUGAGAGGAUCACUCAGCCUGUGGUGGUGGUGGCCAUUGUAGGACUAUACCGUACGGGAAAGUCCUACCUGAUGAACCGCUUGGCGGGACAGAACCAUGGCUUCAAUCUGGGCACCACAGUUAGGUCUGAAACUAAGGGCAUCUGGAUGUGGUGUGUGCCUCACCCCAGCCAUCCCAAGUUCACACUCGUGCUUCUGGACACGGAAGGCUUAGGUGAUGUGGAAAAGGGUGACCUUAGGAAUGACUCGUGGAUCUUCGCCCUGGCUGUGCUUCUGAGCAGCACCUUUGUCUACAACAGCAUGGGCACCAUCAACCACCAGGCCCUGGAGCAGCUGCACUAUGUCACAGAACUGUCAGAGCUGAUCAGGGCAAAGUCCACUUCACGAUCUGAAGAAGUGGAUGACUCUGAUGAGUUUGUAGGUUUCUUUCCAGACUUUAUCUGGACUGUUCGAGAUUUCGUUCUGGAGCUGAAGUUAGAGGGGCGUGUCAUCACAGCAGACGAGUACCUAGAAAAUGCCCUGAAGCUGGUUCCAGGCAGGAGUACCAAAGCCCAGAAAGCUAACUUGCCUAGGGAAUGCAUCAGGCACUUCUUUCCAAGACGGAAGUGCUUUGUCUUUGAUCGACCUACGAAAGACAAAGAACUCUUAGUGCAUGUUGAGGAAAUGCCAGAGGACCAGCUGGAUCACAAUUUCCAAGUGCAGUCUAAAGUAUUCUGUUCCUACAUCUUCACCAAUUCGAAGGCCAAGACCUUGAAAGAGGGAAUCGUUGUCAAUGGAAACCGACUGGCGACUCUGGUGACAACCUACGUGGAUGCUAUCAAUAGUGGAGCAAUGCCGUGUUUAGAGAACGCAGUGACAACCUUGGCCCAGCGUGAGAACUCCAUAGCCGUGCAGAAGGCAGCUGACCACUACAGUGAGCAGAUGGCCCAGCGAGUGAGGCUCCCCACGGACACGCUCCAGGAGCUGCUGGCUGUGCAUACCGCCUGUGAGAAGGAAGCCAUUGCUGUCUUCAUGGAACACUCCUUCAAGGAUGAGAAUCAGCAAUUCCAGAAGAAUUUGGUGGUCACCAUAGAGGAAAAAAAGGAAGAUUUCUUGCGACAGAAUGAAGCAGCAUCUCUCAGUCACUGCCAGGCUGAGCUGGACAAGCUCUCAGAGUCCCUGAGGGAGAGCAUCUCACGUGGAGCUUUCUCUGUUCCCGGGGGCCACAGGCUCUACUUAGAGGCCAGGAAGAAGGUUGAGCAGGACUAUGAGCGAGUGCCCAGGAAGGGAGUGAAGACAAAUCAUGUCCUUCAGAGCUUCCUACAGUCACAGAUUUCCAUAGAGGACUCCAUUAUGCAGUCAGACAAAGCCCUCACUGACGGCCAGAAGGCCAUGGAAGCUGAACGAGCUCAGAAGGAGGCAGCUGAGAAGGAGCAGGAGAUACUAAGACAGAAACAGAAGGAGCUGCAGCAGGUGAUGGAGGCUCAAGAGAGAAGCUACAAGGAAAAUAUGGCCCAGCUGCACGAGAAGAUGGAGACAGAAAGGAAUAACCUUCUGAGAGUACAAGAGGAGAUGCUGAAACACAAGUUGAAGAUUCAAAAAGACAUGCUUAAUGAGGGAUUUAAAAGAAAAUGUGAAGCAAUGGAUUUGGAGAUAAGUCAACUACAAAAAGCGAUUCAACUAAAUAAGGAGAAGAAUAGCUCACUGGGUGCACAAAUCUUUGAUGGGUUUGGAAAUGUAUUAAUGUCAGUAUUGCCUGGUUCUGGUAAGUUCCUUGGUCUAGGGUUGAAAAUAUUAAGCACACAAAUGAAAAAGGCAAAGAAUUCUUGUUAGGAAACUCUAGGUAUAGCUCUACCCCCCUCCCUGAGACUUACUUUUGAAGUCCAUCUCACAUUAAUUUCAUUUAUCAAGUUUCAAAAACCAAGAAUAUAGGUCACUCUCUAUAAAUUAAUGGCAAGGAUCCAUUGCUGAAAACAAAUGUAUACAACUCAUUGAUUGAUGGAGAACUCAAGCUGGUGCCCAUAGAUCCUUCACCUUAAAUGCGAACAUCUUUGGCACAGAAUGUGACUCUGCACGCUACCAAAGGAAAAACACAAAUGCCAUUCCAGCCACAAGCCCUUUGAUCUACAGUGGCAUCCUGCCUGCAAAAUAUGCAAAUGCAGUGGUGGCACAAAGCUUGUGGGAGUGACCAACCAAUAUCUGAUUUGAUUUAAGGCCAACUUCACGGGAUGCAACCCACGCCUACACUGCCUGGGUGAUCCAGAGCCUAGAUCAGAUAGCCCAGCAAACCUCGAGUAAAACCAAAUACUAUUGUUGUAUUACAAAAAAAAAAAAA